GUCAAAUAAAAUAGUGAGUGGGUAGGGCUGUCGGUUGGGGUCGAAUGUGAAACGCGUAAACUUUCGAAGGUUAAAACUACUUUUAUCGAAAUAAAGUGGGAGAAAUCAGAAACUUGUAUUCGAAGAAGCUAAGAGGACGUGUGUUUCGCAACAUAUGUUUCGUGAAAAAUAAUUAAUUGCAGUGUUUAAAAAUGGCCAGAGCGUUUACAAUUUUUGUGCUAACGGUGUUUUGUGUGGUAUUCGUGAACACUGAUGAACCCGCUUUGAAAUUUUACCAAGAAAAGAACUACCAUGAAGCGCAAGAUCUGACGGAUGCAGAUGUAAAGAACUUGGCAAAGCUUUCAGACAGAGUACAUUUCAGACAGGUCCUCGAUGAGAUAUUGAUACCGCGUGUUGUUGGUACUCCCAACCACGAGAAGGUCGGCAAUUAUAUCGUUAACGAGAUGAAAGGCCUCGGAUGGGAUGUCACAGAGGACGUGUUCCCGGAUAAGACGCCUGUCUUUGGCACCCUGAACUUUAGGAAUAUUAUUGCCAGGUUGAACCCGAAUGCUGAUAGGUACUUGGUGCUCGCCUGUCAUUAUGAUAGCAAGUAUACCAGGGAGCACGUUUUUAUUGGCGCGACGGACUCCGCGGUGCCUUGUGCUAUGAUGAUAAAUCUCGCCAAGGUCAUGUCCACAUUACUAGACCCAUUGAAAACCAGCUCGCCAAGCCUGAUGUUCAUAUUCUUUGAUGGAGAGGAGGCCUUCCGUCACUGGGGACCGAAGGACUCCAUUUAUGGUGCACGACAUUUGGCGAGCACGUGGAACGACAUGCAUUACAAAGACGGCGCGAAUCAUUUGCAGAGAAUGGACGUGUUGGUGCUCCUAGAUCUGCUCGGUACACCGGACCCGGCGUUCUACAGCUACUUCAAAACGACUGAGCGCUGGUACGUGCGCCUGGCGAGCGCUGAACAGCGGCUGGGCGAGUUGAAACAGCUGACCGGAUAUUCGCAGGGGAAACCGGAACAGACGUAUUUCAAACUGGCCAGUUCGAAUUCGUUCAUUGAAGAUGAUCAUGUUCCAUUCAUGAGGAGGGAUGUAGACAUCUUGCAUCUUAUUCCGAACCCGUUCCCAAGCGUGUGGCACACAGCCGAUGACAACAUCAACGCGUUAGACUUCAACACCAUCGACAAUUUAAACAAAAUCCUGCGAGUGUUCGUCGCCGAAUACCUCCAUGUUAGCCCAUAGCGUUUGUGGCGCUUCUUGUGAUAUUAUUACUCUGUGGACUUUGAUUACUCUGUCUGAUUUUAUCUGUGUGCAAUUUGGCGCGAAACGACUGUCGUAGCGGAAAUAAAAGUUGAAGCGUUGUUUCAAUAUUGCGUAAUGAAAAUAAUUUACUGAAGUUUUUGGUUUCAAUUUGAGAUUGAUUAUAAUAUUGUUAAAUGUUACGUAUACCACGUAUAUAUAAAUAAGGAAACAAAAACUCAACUUAUGUGUACACCUCAGACCAAUAAAAAUAGAUACAUGUCGCAGCAAACUGACUAAAUCAGUUAUUUCAUUAAUAGCCUAGGUUGGGUUGACUUUACUGAACUGUUAAAUUUACUACAACAAUAUAAAGCCCUAUCGUUUAAUAUAUUAACAAAAAAUAUGAGCCUAGGAUAUUAAUGAAAUGGCUGAUUUUACGUGAUGUAAAAUAAAAUUAACAGAGACUGGUACGUUCAAGUAAAAUCCCAUAUAUUAAAAUUUGUAAGAUGUGAUUACAUAUUUUUGUUAUAUAAUAGAUACACACAACAACGAAAUAAACAGUAGUUUGUAGAUACUUAUUUAACAAACUUCUUUCUCAUCAUUUAAAUUAAUUCCAUACGUACAAAAUUUGUUAAAAUCAUUAAAUAAUACUUUUGUAAUUCCCCUUAGACAAUAGCCAAAAAAAUAUCGCUAAAGUACCUACAUACUUAAAAAUUCCAAUGUUGCAGCAAUGGCGAAAACUUCACGUACGUAAGACAUUCCAUUUAAUUCCAAUUGUAUAUGUGUCUAUUGUGUAAGCGUAUAUAAAAAUGACAUGUGUCAUUGAUUAUUAUUAUACGUAAAUUGACAGACCUUCGUGUUGUUAUGCAUUAUUUAACAUUCGUAUAGGUGUCGUCUAUUUAAUGUUGCAACUAUUUAUAUAUAUGAUAAUCAUGAUUUCGGCAUUAUACUGAAUGUCUAGAACGAUUUUAGAGGCCUAAAUGUUUUCAAUUUCAUUAAUAUAACGAUGAAUUUUAAUAAAAAAUAUAGACCUGUUUAUCUAUAAACAUUACAAGGGGGAAAAUUGUAAAAAAAAAUUAUAUUACGUUAUGUUAAUACGUAAUUUUUUAAGAAAGUACCUAAUACCAACAUUCUUUAUACAUUUGUGAUGUAUAAAUUGUAUUUUUAUUAAAAUAAUAUACUAAAAUAUUGUAAUUCCAUGUUAUCGCUCACGCUUUACUGUGAGAAUAAGAUGGAAUUAUUAUCGUACUAUUUUCGUAAGAAUAUUAAUAAAAGAUCGUGUUGAUAAAAAUGUACGUUAACGCUUUAAAUGGAGAUUGCCUUUGAUUAAUAUUUAAUAAGGAAAACGGUUCUUGCUCUCGUAUCUAUUUAUAAAAAAAUGAUGUAUAUAAUUUGACUUAAGAAAAAAUUAAAUACCUAUAAUAUAACUAUGUUGUUAAUUUACGUCUUUGUUUUUGAGUUCCUACAGACGGUUGUGCUUUUAAAAUUUAUAUUUGUGCGAGUAAAUUUCAAUGAACUCACACAUGGAUGAAAUCUUUAUAUGUGCUUUUUUAUUGUUACAAAACCAUACACCCGCUACAAAAUUAAUGUUUCAAUACAAUGUUUUGUACUUAAUGGACUAUAUUUUAUGUUUGUAUAGAUUCUCUUUAAUUUUAAUUACAAACACUGAACAAUUACUUAAGUGACGUACAUAAAUGUAUCUCUUAUUAGUGUUAAAAUGAGAAAUAAAAUAUUCUAUCGUUAUUGAAAAUACAAUGAUGAA